AUGUUGAUCUUAAUUACCGGAAUCACCGGAAUGGUGGGCCAGCCUUGCGCUGAGUAUGCCAUUUCCAAGGGCCAUCGUGUCAGGGGAAUGGGGCGUGAUCCCGCCAAGGUGCCCGCAUCGAUCCGCGAAAAGCUCGAGGGUUUCGUCACCUCUUCGGGCAUCUACGACAUACCGGCCCUCGAUAAAGCCGUUGCUGGUGUGGACGCAAUUGUCUGUGCCUACGGGUUCUCGCCUGAGGUCGUGCUUGAGGGGCAGCUGUUGCUGUUGAGAGCUGCCGAGCGUGCCGGAGUCAAGGCAAGUGCUGGUAAACCUGAUAAUUAUAUCUACCAUGCCGCUUCGUGGAAUGCUGAUUGGACUCUGGGAUAUCUGGGACAGCAUGAGUCUUAUGACCCGUUCAUCGCCUUCGCCGCUCAAGUCCGCAUCAGUUCGCGCAUUAAGCCACUCUACAUGUUCACGGGGGUUAUAGCCGAGUGGCUUUUCUCGGGCCGCCGCGAUCAGAUUUGGAACCGAGAGACGAAAACCAUGUCGUACUUCGGAGACGGCAAGAAGGAAUGGAUCUGCACCACGGCCGACGACCUCGCUGCCUACACGAUCGAGGCGGUUGCGAGCCCAACGGCCGAGCAGGGAGGGUUUAUACGCGUCGAAAGCUUCCGGUUCACGCCGGCGCAGCUCGCCGAGGAGUAUGAGAAGGCACGCGGCGGCAAAGUCAAGGCGCAUGUGAAGUGCGCAGGGACCUUGGACGAUGUUGUCUCCAUGCUCACCAAGGCAAGGGCGACAAUAGAUCCAAUCGAUCAUGAGAAGUAUAUUGGUCUGGGCUAUGCUGAGCACCUGCUCAAAGGAUCAUGGGACCACGAGCCAGUGGACGCGAAACGCUUUCCGAACGUGAAGCCUACUUCCUUGCGGAGCUACUUUGAGGCGCACCCUGAGCUGUAG